UUAUUCUCUUACAGAUCAAACCACCGUUUUUUGAAUUUUCCAACCAUGAGUCAAUAAAUCAAAGUGAUCCGCAAAUAAAAGCUUACUAUGAUUACAUGGUUAAUAUAUCUGUGCUACUAGGGGCUGAUAAGCCGAUUGCUGAAAAUGAACUCAGCGAUUCCUUGGAAUUUGAAUUAGAACUCACAAAUAUUUCAAAUAACUUAUCAAUUGACUCAUUAUUAAACAACACGGCAUUAAUCGAGGAAAUGUCCGUUGCUGAUAUGAUUGAACGUUGGCAUUCCGUCAAUUGGAUCAAAUUUUUUAACAUAGCUAUGCAACCAUUUUAUGAAAUCAACAACGCGACAAUUAUCAGAACGGCAGGAAGUUUUAUUUACUUGGACAAUCUCAUUCAAAUUUUAAAUUACACUCCCAAGCGAAUUCAGGCUAAUUUUGGAUUAUGGAAAAUAAUUGAAAGUUUAGUACCGUUUGUUAAAAAUUCCACUUUCCUACAAGUUUAUCAAUUUUAUAAACAAGAUGAAGACGAAUAUGACAAUGAAAUUAAUUGCAUUGAAUUAGUUAAAGAAUUGUUACCGGUAAGCGUUCAUGCUCUGUAUGUGAAAAAACUUAAAGAUACACGAAUUAAGGAAGCAGUGACUGAUAUCUUUAUCGAAAUAAAACAAAAGUUGAUAGAGACUUUGAGUUCUGUCGAUUGGACUGAUGGAGAAACUAAAAAAAAUGCUAUCGCAAAAGCGGAAGCUAUAAAAGGUCUUAUCGCGUAUCCGGAUGAGUUGUUAGAUGAUGAAAUGCUAGAAGAGUAUUUUGCAGAUCUCGAUCUAGAUGAUGAUUGUUUUCUGGAAAAUGUUGUUCAAUUGGAGAGAUUCAAUUGGAUAAAGGAGAUGGAUAAUAUAAGUAGACCCUUUAAUAUAUAUUAUAGAGCGAAUUGGAAUGUAACUUCCUUUGAUCUGAUUGGGAGUACAGGCCAUUACUUUCCAACAUUAAACUUAUUUGCGAUGUCCACAGGAUUGCUCCAAGGCUUAAUUUUCGGGAUCCAUCAUCCUAAUUACAUGAAUUACGGAGCAGCUGGAACACUUAUAGGCCAUGAAGUCAGCCACGCUUUUGACCCCUUCAGUCUUCAAUAUGACCAUAUUGGAAGAGUAAAUAAUUUAUGGACUGAUAAAUCAUAUAAUGAGUAUCAAGAUAGGCACGUUGCUUCAUCGACCAAUACAAUAAUUAUACCCUAA